AUGGCUACCUUCAAAGCAUCCAAGAUCUUGGUGUUCGGCGCGACUGGCCAGAUUGGUGUUUUCAUCACAGCGGCAUUGCUAGAUGCCAGCCCCUCUUUUGACCAAAUCACCAUCUUCACAUCGCCGACCACAGUGGAGAGGAAAGCAGACUUGCUCGAUGGCUGGAAGAAGAAGGGACUGAAGAUCAUCGCCGGCGAUGUCGACGACACGGAGCAAAUCAAGGCGGCUUACAAGGAUGCCGAUACCGUUAUAUCUGCGCUGGGUAGAAAUGUGAUUGAGAAGCAAAUCGAUCUCAUUAAAUUGGCCGAGGAGACCGACUCUGUCAAAUGGUUCUUCCCCUCCGAGUACGGAACGGAUAUCGAAUACGGUCCCAAGAGCCCCAACGAGAGGCCUCACCAGGCCAAGCUCAAGGUACGCAAGUACAUCCGCGAGAGUGUUCAGAGACUCAAGUACACGUACCUGGUAACGGGCCCUUACGUCGACAUGUUCUUGACUUUGCCGUCGAUUGCGCAAGAGGCUGGCGGGUUUGACACAGCUGCCCGUAAGGCAGUCCUGAUUGAAGACGGCGAAGGGAAGACUGGUCUUAUCACCAUGAAAGAGUACGUUUCCAAUUCCACACGCUUACCCGUGUCCCCCAGUACUGACUUGAGUGUUCAAAGCGUUGGUACAACAUUGGUGGCAUCGCUUCGUCACCCCGAGGCAUCCUUCAACCGAGCUCUCAAAGUUCAGUCCUUCGUGGCGACCGGCAAGGAAAUUGUGGCCGAGUACGAGAAGCAGACUGGAGAGAAGUGGGAAAUCGUCUAUUCGUCGCUGGAGACCUUGAAGAAAGCUGAGGAGAAGGCGUGGGCUGAGGGCAUCCCUUACGCCACCAUCUUUACCUUGCGACGCAUCUGGGCUGAGGGCGGCACUUUGUACGACAAGACUGACAAUGAGAGGAUCGGGCUUGGACCAGACGACGUUGAGAGCUUAGAGAUCGCUGUCAAGAGAUCACUGGGGACUGUGGCUGCUAGCGGCGCUGAAAUGCGUAACAGCGACGUGUGGCAGCUGUGGCAGCUGUGGCAUGUGGGCAGCUUCCCCAUGACCACCGGCGACUUCCCCAGCUUUCCCAACUUCGCUUUGUCGUCCCGACUGCCCCCCUCUCGAACGAGGCAGCAUCCAGCGUCGUUCGCCAACAUGGCUCCUUCGGGUCUUCGACAGUGCAUGCACGAUGUCAGCCUAUACUUGCUUGUCUUAAUUUCUGUCUCGACUUUGGGCCCCCUGCAGUUCGGCUUCCACCUUGCCGAGCUCAACGCCCCUCAAGAUGUCCUUACCUGUCGAAAGAAGUCAAUUGCGGCCAAGGGAGUGAAGCUUACAUGGGUGCACUCGAAGGCGCCGGACCCCGAGCCCUGGCUCCCCGAGUGUAUUCCCAUGUCCGACGCCGUCUUCGCGACCGUCUCCUCCAUCUUCACUGUCGGUGGCCUGCUCGGUGCUCUUUGUGCCGGCCCCUUGUCUUCGAAGCGCGGCCGACGUCCUGCUAUGCGAGUCACGUCCAUUUUAUACAUUAUCGGUGCCAUCAUCGAAACCCUCGCUGGAGGUGCUGCUGCUCUGGCAAUCGGCCGAUUCUUCACGGGUAUGGCGGCUGGCGCGUCUACCGUCAUUGUUCCACUGUACAUCAGUGAAAUCGCGCCACCAAAGGAGCGCGGUCUGUUUGGUGCCAUGACUCAGGUCUCCAUCAACGUGGGCAUUCUUGCCGUCCAAACUCUGGGCUUCUUCCUGAGCUACGGGAAGGCUUGGCGCUGGAUCUUGGCUGCCGGCGUCUUCAUUGCGUUGGCGCAGGCUUCCGGCCUCAUGUUGAUUCCUGAGAGCCCGGCGUGGCUGGCUGCCAACGGCGAUGUCCCGAAGGCUCGCCGUACUCUGCAGCGUAUCCGUGGCAAGGACUUCGACAUCAGAGAGGAAGUCGAGAGCUGGGAUGGGGAAGUGAACGCUGAGCAAGAGGGUCUCUUGGCCCAGAGCGACGACGUGCCGCCAGUGUCUCCUGGCCUGCCCAAGCACACCUCGCCUGUCCAUCUUGGAUUCUUCGACGUGAUCAAAGACCCGCUUCACCGACCUGCUAUCGCCGCUAUUAUCGGCAUCAUGUUUGCCCAGCAGCUGUGUGGCAUCAACUCUGUCAUCAUGUACUCGGUAUCUCUCCUGAACGACUUGUUGCCCGUCAGCUCCGCCCUACUGACGAUUUUGAUUUCUGUCAUCAAUCUCAUUACCACUGCGGCUUGCUCUCCGCUGCCGGACAAGCUCGGAAGAAAGACCUGCAUCCUGAUCUCCAUCAUUGGACAGGGAAUCAGCUCGCUGGUUCUUGCUCUUUCUAUUCAGUUCGGGGUCAAGAUCUUGUCGGCUGUGUCAGUCGUUUCAUUUGUAGCAUUUUUCGCCGUUGGCCUUGGACCAGUUCCUUUCAUCCUUGCGUCCGAAAUGGUCGGACAAGAGGCUGUUGGCGCUGUCCAGUCCUGGUCUCUAGGAUCCAACUACAUUGCAACCUUCCUGGUUGCUCAGUUCUUCCCGAUCGUCAAUAAUGCCUUCAACAAUUGGCUCGGAGGAGCUGGCUGGGUGUACUUCCUCUUCGCCGGCUUCGCUGCACUUUUUGCCCUGUUUGUUUCGGUGAAGGUGCCCGAAACCCGGGGCAAGAAGGACGCAGACGAAGUCUGGGGACGCACUAGACGGCUCGACUAA